AUGUCGUGGCGAUCGAGUGUUCGAGGUCCAGCGAAACCUUCGUUUGCAUGUCCAUUCCCCUUCCGAGUCGUCCCGAGUAUCCCAGAUGUAGUACUUCGCAGAAUAUUCUCAAUGAUGUCCUACAAAGAACUAUGCGCUUGUGAAGCCGUCUGUCGUAGAUGGCAAACCAUCAUACAACAGCAGAUGAAGCGCGAUAUCCACGAGAUCUCACUGGAAUCGAUUGGUUCCUACAAUGUAAAUAUUAUGUGGCAAAAGGGGCUGAAACGGUUGACGGUUUCUUGCCCACCAUCGUCACCAGAUUUUCUUGCGGGGUUGAUUCGUAGGCAUAGGGCUUCUAUUGCUCGAUUGACUACGGAUUUUAGAUUCCUAUGUACCAUAGAAUCGAUUCGCGUGAACAAAGACGAAAAACGUAAAUACUUUGGUAAAGCUGAAGAAUUAUGGGUAUUGGUCGUUUGCCCAAAAGAAGAGGACGUUGUUCGAUUCGAAUCAGUUGAAGAACGCAUUUUUAACGAAUUAACCGGCAUCACCCUGCAAUUAAUGGUCUCGUCGAAAUUUGUAAUCACGUCAAACGCUCGAAUCCUUCAAAUUUUUGCCCAACGACACCCACAGGCCCAGAUUACAAUCGAGCUGCAUGCCGAUAAUGCAAAUUUGAUCUUCGCCCAACUAGAAGCUUUCCCAGCCUGUAAUCCGCUUAAAAUUAAAAUAAUCUGCACCGAUUUUAACUUGCCCCGGUUUAAACUGGAUACACUGUCGGAGAUUCUAUCUGCACAACGGAUCGCGGCCAAGAUCAUCACGUUCAGAGAUUGGACCCUGUGCUGUGACGGGAUCACUCCAGUGGUACCCGGUCCUCUGGAUACAUUCAGAAUAUCAUCAUGUACAAUCGAGUCAGUGGAUGCUCUAGUCGAUUCGUUUAAGGCUGCCGUGAAAAAAAUGGCUCCGAAGAAAGUGGUGAAGAAGGUUGUGAAAAAGAAGGCUGAAGCUCCACCUUUGGAUGAGGAGCCGAAGCCAAAGAAGAAGGUUGUCCGGAAAGUGCUGAAAAAGAGGCCGCCUGUAGUAAAAAGAGUUGAAGUGGCAGGGCAAUGUACACUACGUGGGCUCGAUUUUUUGCAUCAUAAAGCACACACUGAGCUUGAGAAUCGCCUUGCCGCUUGUGUUCCUACGAUGGAAAUUGACACCUCAGAAAUCUACUAUUGGGAC